AUGGCUAGUGUUGCUGCCUGGCUUCCUUUCGCUCGAGCAGCAGCUAUUGGAUGGGUUCCUUUGGCGAAGAAUCCUUUACCUCCACCACCAUUUCGAACACCAACACAUGGCGUAUCACCAUCAUCACCUUCAACAUCGACGACAUCAGUGACAGCAACAACCGUUGGUGAACGUCGUUGUGAUGAAAAAAUCAUCAUUAAUGUUAGUGGCCGUCGUUUUGAAUGCUGGCGGUCAACGUUGGAGAAAUAUCCCGAUUCUUUAUUAGGCUCGAAUGAAAAGGAAUUCUUCUAUGAUGAAGAUACUCGCGAAUACUUUUUUGAUCGUGAUCCUGAUGUAUUUCGCGUUAUUUUGAACUUCUAUCGUACCGGUAAACUACAUUAUCCAAAGCACGAAUGUAUCGCUGCUUAUGAUGAAGAAUUAGCAUUCUUCGGUAUUUUACCUGACAUUAUUGGUGAUUGCUGUUAUGAAGAUUAUCGGGAUCGUAAACGUGAAAAUACUGAACGACUUAUUGACGAUCGUUUGCACGAAGACGAAGAUAAGAUUCAACCGAAGCCUCAAUCAAUACGUGAAACCAUGUGGCGAGCAUUUGAAAAUCCUCAAGUGUCAACGAUGGCAUCCGUGUUUUAUUAUGUGACAGGAUUUUUUAUUGCUGUUAGUGUUAUUGCCAAUGUGUUGGACACAGUAGCAUGUGGACCUGAUCCUGAAACAGGUUAUCCAAGAUCGUGUGGUGAACGUUUUGCUCGCCAAUUUUUUUGUCUUGAUACGGCUUGUGUCAUGAUUUUUACUGUUGAAUAUUUCUUACGUCUUUACGCAGCUCCCGAUCGAUUGAAAUUUGUUCGAUCAGUCAUGUCCGUUAUUGAUGUUGUCGCUAUAAUGCCCUAUUAUAUUGGCUUGUUUAUGAAUCAGAAAGGCGAAGUUAGCGGCGCAUUUGUUACUCUGCGUGUAUUUCGCGUUUUCCGAAUAUUUAAAUUUUCACGUCAUAGUCAAGGAUUACGAGUGCUAGGUUAUACACUGAAAAGUUGCGCCAGCGAACUCGGCUUUCUCUUGUUUUCAUUGACGAUGGCAAUCAUCAUAUUUGCAACUGUUAUCUACUAUGCGGAGAAAAGUGUCGUACAUACGAAAUUUACAUCGAUACCAGCCGCAUUUUGGUACACCAUCGUGACAAUGACAACACUUGGGUACGGUGAUAUGGUACCAAAAACAUGGGCAGGCAAACUCGUUGGUGGCGUAUGCAGUUUGAGUGGUGUACUUGUCAUUGCACUUCCAGUGCCUGUCAUUGUCUCGAAUUUCAGUCGUAUAUAUCAUCAAAGUCAACGAGCAGAUAAAAUGAAAGCACAACGAAAAGCACGUCAAACACGAAUACGUCUCGCACGGAAUGCAACGAGUAAUGCAUUUGUGGCUGCGAAAAAACAUCGUGAACAACAUGCUGAUGAUGCCAAUUCGCCAGCCGAUAAAAAUCUUGUUAAUCCAUUCGAAUUGCAACAUCAUCAUCUCCUUCAAUGUUUAGAAUUGACAACAGAUCGUGAAUUUGUUGAAAUGGGUCCCGAUGCACUGAUGAACAGUGGUGGCCGGACAAGUUUUACAGCUGGUACUAACAAUAUGACUGGUCUAAGCCGAUUCGGUUCACCAUCCAGUCGGCUUCUGCUGAAUCGCCGAAGAUGGUGGUGCUGUGGAGUGCGAACACGAGGGAAAAAUUCAUAUAAAUAUAGCACUGACCGCGCCAAUAAUAACAAUAAUCUUAAUACUGAUGGCAAUGAACUUGAUGCCGAAUUAGAUGAUUUUCAAUUACCAUUAGCAUUAACUCCACGUGCCUCAACGACACUACUACCUCAAUCAACUUCAACUAAUGUGAUACAACCACAAUCUACGCCCAUCGUAGGAUCUUCAUUACAACAUGAUGUUGUGCUACAUUCCAAUGCUGACGAACCAUUACUACCAGCAGGAGAUCGGUUCGAUUUAAAUCAUCCACUAGAUCCCGAAUAUCGAAGCCUUUUGAGUCGAAAAGCGAAUAGUCUCUCGACUGUUUAUGAACAUGGUUCAGGACAGGACGCUGCAUUAGGGUAUCCGACAUUUCUUUACGCACAGAAAAGAACCCUGAUGAAUAAGAAACACUAUCACAGUGAAUGUCAUGUUGGCAAUAGCCCUAUAGUUAUGCUUCUCGUCCUUACGUACAUGCCAUACAUAGUCACACAAUCGAUUCUCUACUUACUUUAA